AUGCCAUCAGAAAAAAGUAUUAGAACUACUCUUUUGAAGAAUCAGUAUGAAAACUAUUACAAUAUUGGCUUGAAAAUGAUAAGCGAAAGUCCUUAUUUUUCAAUUUCAAGUGAUGGGAAAUCUAUUGCUGAAAAAAUUUUAAAGUUUGUAGAAGAAUUAGAAAGUGAUAAAUGUGUUUCAAUUAUAACUGAUAACACAAGUUCAAUGAGAAGUGCAUGGAAUAUUAUCAAAUGUAAGUUUCCUAAAAUUUUUGCUAAUGGAUGUGCUGCUCAUGUUAUUAAUCUACUCAUAAAAGAUAUAAUUUCUUUGGAUUAUUUUAAAGAAACAAUGACAUAUGCUUUACAAAUUGUCUUAUUUAUUAAAAGAAUACAAUUGCUUUCAUAUAGGUUUAAUGAAUUAAAAAAACAGUAUAGAAUUCAAAAUACCUUAGUGAUUCCUGUUGACACUCGUUGGUAUACUCAUUAUAAUAGUUUACCAAAAUUAAUGAAUGCUAAAUUUACUAUUGAACUUUUAAUUGAGGAUCACAUUAUGUCAAAUAUUAAAGAAUCAGAGAAAAAAAAAUCAUUUAUGAAAAUUGUUUCUGAUUCUGAGUUUUGGAAAAAAGUCAAAAACUUAUCAACCAUACUUGAGUUUCCAAGUAAUAUAAUUGGAAAAUUUAAAAGUGAUAAUUAUGAUUUAGCAAACAUUUACAAUGAUUUUAAAAGACUCCUCUGUCAUUUUGAAAAACAUGAUUUAGAAUCGGGAAUAAUUGUCAAGUUAUUAUAUGAAAGGUGGGCUUUUAUCCAUACAGAAUCUAUGGGAUUUGCUUUUGUUUUAUCACCAAUAUAUGCUAGUGAUGACAUGAUUGGUUCAGAUAAAUUAGACACUUUGAAACAAUUGAAAAAAUAUUAUACAAUAUUUUAUGAUUCAGAAGAAGAAAUUAGUUUAGCUAUUUUUGAGUUGAAUGAAUAUUUAACACAAUUUGUUUUUAUGUCAGACAGUACCAAAGAAGAAAUUUUUAAAAUGUCAAAUUUUCAAUACUGGGCAAUUGUUGGAAAAAGCAAAUUUUCAAAUUUAUCUAAAAUUGCAAUCAGGUUAUUCACAGUUCCGACAUCUUCUGCUUCUAGUGAGGGAAUUUGGAGCAUGUAUAAUUUCAUUCACGGAAAGAGGAGAAACAGACUAUUAAAUGAAAAUGUGGAAAAGUUAGCAUUUCUUUAUAUCAAUUCAUCUUUAUUAGACAAAGAAGAUAAACAAAAUUACUUAUGCGAUGAAAGCUAUAUUAAAGAUAAUGAUGAAGAAGAAAUGACUUUAUUAAGCUCCUUUUAUGAUUUGACUUAG